AUGGAUCCAGCGGCGUCGACAUCCUCGCGCGAGGACGGCGACACCUCAGAAUCCCAUCAUGCGCAAGAUGACGACUUCACCCUGCGCGCGGUGCUCGCAGGGCUGUUAAUCGGCUGCCUGCUCGCCUUCACCAAUCUCUAUCUGGGCCUGCAGUCCGGCUGGAUCAGCAUCAUGUCGCUGCAAAGCUCGCUGCUGGGCUUUGCGCUGUUCCGCGUGAUUCCGCGGCAGAUCAACCUGGUCGGACGCCGCUUCGUGCUGAUGUCGAGCCCGUUCACGCCGCAGGAGAAUGUGCUGGUGCAGACGACGGCGGCAGCGGUGGGCGUGAUGCCGCUCUCGGCGGGACUGGUGGGCGUCAUCCCGGCACUCAAGAAGCUCACCUGGGACAAGGACGGCAGUGGACCCAUCGACCUCGACUUUCUGCAGCUGCUUGGAUGGUGCUUUGCGCUGGCGUACUUUGGCGUCUUCUUCGCAUCGCCGCUGCGCGAACCCAUGAUCGUGCGCGAGAAGCUCACCUUCCCCUCGGGCACGGCUACGGCGCAGCUCAUCGGUGUGCUCCACAACAAGCCUCUGCUCACGCAGCGCGCAAGCACGGCCAGAGGCUUCCGACGCCGUAGUCAUGCCCUGGACGAAGCCGAAGCGGGAGAAGAAGAUGACGAGCGCACCGCUCUGCUGAGCUCGCAGCAUCGCCCAGCAAGCUCGGACCGGGAUCAAAACGAAGCUGAAGCAAGCGACAGAGACAAUGCUGGUGUCGAUGCGAUCUCCGGGUCCAAGGGAUGGAAGGCGCUCGCCUGGGCCUUUUCGGGAUCGGCCGGCUUCACCGUGCUCUCGUACUACAUCCCGGUGCUGUACGCCAUGCCGCUGUUCGACUUUUUGCCGCCGCACAACCUGGCUGCCAUGUGGGGGUUCUGGUUCACACCCUCGCUCAACUACAUCGGGCAAGGCAUCAUCAUGGGCCUGCCGACAACGGUGAGCAUGACGGCGGGCGCAUUGGUGGGCUGGGCCGUGCUGAGUCCGUUGGCGUACUACCAGGGCUGGGCACCGGGCCACCCGCUGGAUUCCGAGACGGGCAGUAAGGGCUGGAUCCUGUGGAUCAGCCUGGCGAUCAUGUGCUCGGAGAGCAUCGUAGGGCUGGCGGCAUUAGUCGCGAGCAAUGGCCUGCGCGAUCUCAAGAGCUGGACAGCAAGGAAGUACGAUCGUGCGGGUGGCCGCGACCAAGGAGACGAGGACGUGGACGUGGACCACGAGCCUGCGCACCGGCAGACGCCGACGUCGUGGGUGGUCGUUGGGCUGGUUGGAUCGACGGUGGUCGCCGUUGUGUUGAUCUACGUCGCCUUUGGUGCUGAGGGCAUCUCGCCGUGGGCGACAUUGUUAGGCAUCGCCAUGGCGUCGCUGUUCGCCAUCUUGGGAAUCCGGGCGCUGGGCGAGACGGACCUGAAUCCGGUGUCUGGGAUCGGCAAGAUCUCGCAGCUCAUCUUUGCGCUGGUGCAGCCGGGCAACGUGGUGGCCAACCUGAUCGCGGGCGGCAUCUCGGAAGCCGGAGCGAUGCAGGCGGGGGAUCUGAUGCAGGACUACAAGACGGGCCAUCUUGUGGGCGCCUCGCCGCGUUCGCAAUUCAAGGGACAGCUAAUUGGCAGCACGCUAGGCAUCGUGAUCAGCAGCUUUGCGUACAAGCUCUAUACGGACGCCUACGAGAUCCCUGGACCGCAGUUCCCGGCACCGACGGCAGCGGUGUGGCUCAACCUGGCGAGGCUGGUGAAUCGAGGCCACCUUCCGGACAAGGUGAAGCUGUUCAUGAUCGUGUUUGGCGCCGUCUUUGCCGUGUCGGGCCUGAUCAAGACGCUGGCGCGGACCAAGGCGCUGCACGACCAAGGCACGGUGGGGAACAGCACGGCAGGCAAGAUCGCCAAACUGGUGCCGAGCGGGAUCGCGUUUGCGGUGGGCAUGCUCAACACGCCCAACUUUUCGUUGGCGCGACUGGUGGGCGGGCUGAUCGCGCACUGGUACUACGCCCGCAACCGCCACCGAGUAGAUGCGGCCAAGACGCCUGCGGCGCUGGCGGGGAUCGGCAUUAUUAUCGUAGCGAGCGGGUUCGUGCUGGGCGAGGGUGCGGCGAGCAUCGUGACGCUGCUGCUCAAGCAGAACGGAGCGCAGGCGUGGACGUGUGCCGGCUGCCGCGGUGGAUGCGGAGGUGGCUGCUCUUAG